AAUAAAAAUAAAAAAUAAAAAUUAAAAAGAAAAAAAUUAAAAAUAAAAAAUAUAUAUCGAGAAACUUACCAGGGUGACGUGCCUCUCUCUCUCGCCCCGAUCCAGACUCCGCGGCGCUGGCUCGCACGCCACUGUUUUUUUCACGCGCGCGCACACACACACGCACACACACACACACGCACACACACACACACAUACACACACUACUCCUCAGGGUCGUCAGGGGCUGCAGCAACGCCGACGAGCCCGUCUUCAGCCCCUUCGUCGUAGCCGCGAUAGCCGUCCGGUAACUCGUCCACGAGAACACCCCCGAGCUCCCGGCCGUCCUCGUCAAACAGCUGGAUGCUCAGGGGGUGGCGUGUAGGAGGGCCCACGGCCCUAGCCGUAAGAGGCCCCUCGCACAGCGCCUCCAUCUCAUGGGCCGGAUAAUGGAAGGCCUCUAAGUAGGCGACGCUGCGGAGGGAGCACUCUAGCACGAGCGCCGGUAUUGCCUCUAAUGCCGCUGACGGGUGGUACAGGCAGUUUAGCUCGUAAAACUCACUGUCACCAUGAUCCACCAGAUGCACCUCGACAAAGUCACCGCUAUUGCAGUACACGACCUCCCCGCGGUACGCAAUACGCGAGCCCCGCAAUACAACCACACAGUACACACCCGGCGUUGCCUCCUCGCGCUGGAUGGGCCGGCCCAACCUCCUGUCUAUAAACUCACUGUGCAUUAAAUUUACCACGUGGAGGUACAGUUGUUCAAGAGCGUCGGUACGGACGUAUAGGGACGCGACGCUCAAGAACCGUAUGACACGGCACGUAAACGAGUGGCACAAAAACUCAUAAUCCCGGUAGCGCGGAUACAUUUUGGUGAAAAAAUAAAAAAAAGAAAAAACUUGUAGAGGAGCGGUAUAUAUAAAAGAGGCCGGGACGAGAUACUCGCGCACGGUUCGGCUGAAGACUGACGGCUAAGACGUUCAUGCAAAUACGUGCUUAUGGUGAGCACAUCAUUGCAGGGGUAAAAGAAGGACAGGAGGGGUGUAAAACAGCUGACGUCUCGGCCCGAUGCAGUCAUCCUCGUAUACGAGGCAAAGGAAUCACACAUGCCCUCUCGCUCGCUCUCGCGCUUAGAUAAGACCGUUCGCGAGGCGCGAUGCCUCGCGAGAGCUUGAGGUAUUCACUGCUUCAUCAAAACUGCACGUGGCUGCAAUCUCGACGGCGUGCACCCUCUUACUCGCUCUCGUGCUAGCCUACGCGUCAGCGUAUACGCUCUCGCUCGCUCUCUCUCUCGAGAUACGGUACCUCGCGCUCACCGUGCACAGCCUCUAAGCAGGCGGGGGAGUACGUCAUCGUAGCAUUGACCUUAAGUCAUAGCAUCGCACUGGUUCUUUAAGCAACAGCCAGCAACGAUGGUGUAUACCGUCUCCCUCGCUCCAACGUCAUGCUACAUCCUCUUUCUCUCUCGCGAGGCACAAUACUCGAACAUUUGAGAGUCGUGGCAAUGAUAGCGCAUGCUAUCUCGCUCGCACCCGCGUUGUGAUAAGCCCUCUCGCUCGCUCUCACAUGAGAUGCGAGGCCCUGCGCUCUCGCGACGUCGUCGUGCAGUGUCAUCAGAAUUGCACGUGCAUCGGCCGAGCGCUCCAGAGCUGUAACGAGGAUAGAGCACAGCCUCUCGCCCACACCAGGAGACGUGAUACAUUUUCUCGCUCACUCUCUCUCUUGUGAAGCGCGCGAGAGCAGCAGCAACAGCAUAUGCCCUCUCGCUCACACUCGCGACACCGCUCAUUCUCUCACUUGCUCUCUCGCUAGAUGUAGAGGCACAACUCUUCAAAGCUGUAGCAGUGAUGACGUAUGCCGUCUCGCUCACUCUCAUCAUACCGAUCCUUUAGUGAGCAGUCCUCUCUCUCGCUCUACCGUAAGACGCGAUGCUUUAUACAGAACUGUCGGGAUUACACAUACGGCUGCAGCCUCUUGAUGCCUCUAAACAAAUCCCCAUCAAUAUAUAUUCUUUAUUAUAUGCUAUUUUGCGACUUCAGCCGAUUCACUUAUGAAGAGCGUAUCUCCGAGGGCUAAACACACAGCUCGGUCUUCGGGAGAAGAUGCUAUACAGAAGAUGGAGCAAUAUGCUCGGAAAUAUGCUUGCAGAGCUAAACAAAGCUGUCUCACUCGUGCGCGUGCUUUUUCACGCAAACACCGGGGACCAUGCAGAGUACUGUUAAACUUCAGCGACUGCUCUUUUGCUGUCUUGAAAAAAGUAUCGCUAGCAUUUUAAUCAUGAUUCACACCUAUCUUCUCGCUCGAGAUAUGACAGUAGCGAUUCAACCGUCAUAUAGAACGGUAUUUAACGAUCACCCCUUACAAUGUCGGAUGAAUCAGUGCGUUCUUGUAUUUUGGGUCUUUUACGUCUAACAAAACCGCAUAGCGCUCAGCUGAGACGCCGGUGUAACGACCUAUGGUGUUACGAGUUGCUGCGUUUAUCGGGUGCUCGACUCGUGAACAGACUUAAAUACGUGAUCUGGUGGGCCCCUUUACGCGCUCUAGUGGUGGCCUAUAACAGAGGCAUAUUAAGUGGUCAACGAGUGCUGGAUGCUGUGUAUGACGAGUUACAGCGCCGCGGUGUUUUAGAAGCCCCCCGCGUAAGAGGCCUUGUCGGUGAAAUCAGAUGCUAUCGGCAGUUUUACGAUGCGGGGAGUGACGAAGAAGAGGCUCUCGCUGAGGCGACGAGAGCUGUGGAGGAAACGGAUCUAGAGCGUCAAACAGCCCUCUACCAACCGUUGCACGAGGAGGAGGUGGGGGAAGAACCUAGAGCGAGCACCUCGGCAGCCCCGGCCGAGACGAUACCGCAGCAUUUUACCAUAUAUCGGCCGUUUUACGACGCUGUGAGUGACGAAGAAGAAGAGGCUCUCGCUGAGACGACGAGAGCUGCGGAGGAAGCGGAUCUAGAGCAUCAAACCGCCCUCUACCAACCGCAGCAUGAGGAGAGGGCCGAGGAAGAGCCUAGAGCGAGCACCUCGGCAACCUCGGCCGAGCCGGUACCGCUGCAGCCCGAAUUUGAUGACGACGAGGCGUCGACUAUUCUCAACCCCUCCUUGAUGUUUAGCGAUCGGUCUGAUAUACUGGCUGUGUACCGGCAAGCCAGAGCAAACGAUGACGACGGAGCGAUAGCGGGUCCAUCGUAUCACCACCAUCGUCAGCAGGAAGAUGAUGACCUCGUACAACCCGAGAAUCAGCCGGGGGUGUAUCCGCUGGACGCUCAACAGGCGGAGGAGGAGGAGGAGGGGGAGGAGGAGGAGCGUCUAAACGAGGAGCGAUUAGAAGCUAGACGCUUCGGCCUAUGGUUUCAAGAGCUGAUGGAGUGUGAUUCAGAUAUACAAACGGGCGGGGGGAGAACGCGCAAUACACAGGGGUGCGAGGCUUUCGGGGAUGUGCAACCCCCGGGAGGGCGGAUCAUCAUUGCGCACGAUACAGCUCGUUAUUUCAAACGUUUUCGACUACGUGGUCGGGAGAUAACACUGCGUAUCCGCCAACCUCAAGCUGGCGCAAACGUGACAGCAUGGCUUGAAGGAGCAUUCCGCGAUCUUCUGACGCAUCUCACGAGUCACUGUGAGGGUGGUGACUACGCGGGGAUCUCGUUCUCCGCGAGCUGCUUAGCGCACGGCCCCGUCUGGCUUUCAUUCCGCCCCGUCCGCGCCUAUACAUUUGUAGAUAUCUGGCAAUUAAUAACAAACAUAGCUCAAAGUGCAGCGUCUCUGGAUAUUAAUGAUUCUUUCCAUAUAAAAGUAUGUAUCGUUAAAGGUUUGGAGGGCAGGGGGCGAAAAGGUUUGACACACGAGGGCGUUGCUAAAAAAUCAAUUUUAACGAUUCGAAAUACCGACAAUCUGUGUCUACCGCGCUCGUUAGUAACAGCACGCGCGUACGCGGAAAGGGGUGAGAUACGCUCAGGGGCUCUGCAUUCUAGAUGGCAGCGUAUACGACAGAUUAACGGGUCGCUUCAAAAAGAGGCGGCGCUUGAGCUCACGAGAAGCGCAAAUGUUGUUAUACAGCCCGCUGGCUGCGGUAUGCGCGAAAUUGCUAUGUACCAGAAUUAUUUGGCUCGCGAGGGGUUAGCUAUCGUGGUUUUCGAGUUUUUGACUUUGGGGCGACGCGAAAGACCGGUGUUUGACGGUACACAGACGGUUAUGGAUACAGUAGGCUCAGUCCGGCACACGUUAUACAUUCUGUAUUAUGAGCGGUCGCAUCAUUUCCAGCCUAUCUUGAAUCUGCGUGGUGCUGUAGGCAGCUUAAACUUCUGCGCAAUCUGUAACGCCCGUUCUCGUCGGGAUCAUAGAUGUUUAAAAAAGAAAUGCCCUCGCUGCCUUCAAGCACCGCCCUGCGCUCUGGGAGCAGCUGCCGCGAUCAGAUGCGAGACAUGUAACCGCGAUUUUUUUGGGGAACAAUGUUUAGAAAAUCACAGGGCUGUUACCAUCCGUCGUAAACACAGGGUAAACACUGUUUGCGAGUCUCUUCAGCGGUGCCGUAACUGCUUUCGCGCGAUAAGAUCUUUAGAGAAAAAGACGCAUGUGUGCGGGGAGGGUUUCUGUAAAACGUGUAAAUCGCGGCACCCCUAUAAUCGCCUGUGCUAUAUGAGGCCUAUUCGCGUCGAUGAGAGGCCGAAAGAGAACAUAUUCAUAUUCUAUGAUUUUGAAACGCAGCAGUGUACCCCUGUAAAAGGUGAUCCUACAACGCGCGUUCACGAACCGAAUCUUUGCGUAGCUCAACGUGUCUGCACCAAGUGCUGCGAUAAUGUUUCUAUAGACGAGCCGUGCGAGCAUUGCGGGGAUCACGAGUUUAUAUUUAGGACGAACCCUGUGUGUCAACUUGUGGAGUUAGCCAUACAGAGUAUGCCGAACUUCUCUCACGUAUUUUUAAUAGCCCAUAACGCCGGUGGUUUCGACGCCCAGUUUAUCCUGCGCUACCUCAUCGAGGAGAAAAAAACGCAGCUCCCAUCUUUAAUAAUGAACGGUACUAAAAUCAUCACAAUGCGCGUUAGCAAACUCGUGUUUCUCGACAGCUUGAACUACUUUCACAUGCCUCUGAGUGCACUGCCUAAAUCUUUCGGUCUAAAAACUGCUCUCGCCAAAGGAUCUUUUCCGCAUCUGUUCAAUAGGCCCGAGAAUCAAAAUUAUAUUGGGCCGAUGCCGCCUGCAGCCGAUUACUCUCCCGACACUAUGCGCCCGGAGGAACGCGAGCGUUUUUUUGCAUGGUAUAACGAGUUAAAGAAUGCCUCUUAUGUAUUUAACUUUUCAAACGAGCUCAUAACCUAUUGUAAAAACGACGUUACGAUAUUGAGACAGGCCUGUGUGGUUUUCCGGAAAAUGUUCAAGGACAGCGGACGCGUUUGCCCGUUUAGCGAAAACACAACAAUCGCGUCCGCCUGCUUUCAAAUCUUUCGAAAAAAUUUUUUAAAACCUAACACGAUCGGUAUUAUACCUACGGGCGGUUACAGAUGGGCUCACAAUCAGUCAAAAAAAGCGGUCUCUUGGCUCGUGUGGAUGGAGCAUUCUUUAAAUCGUCGUAUCAUUCACGCAGGACGCUCGCGCGAGUUUAAAUUGCCUCAAAAUUUAUUAGUAGACGGUUACUACGAAACACCUGAUUCAGCCCACGUGUUACAGUUUCACGGUUGCUAUUGGCACGGGUGUUUGAGCUGUUUCACUGUAAACAGAGACCGUGUACAAGGCGACGGUGAUACACUGAACGAGCGUCUCGAGAGAACAAACGCUAUAUCGCAGAGAAUCCGCUCAAGCCGCUACACGUUAACCGAGAUUUGGGAGUGCGCGUAUGACCGGAUGAUAAAAACAGAUUUAGAGAUGAGCGCUUUUGUGAGUGAUCACCCUCUGGUUCGAGCGGAGCCUCUCAAUCCGCGCGAUGCUUUUUUCGGUGGGCGCACGGAAAACAUGGUCACUCUGUACGACGUGAAAGACGGGGAGCAGAUACGAUAUGUUGACGUUUGCUCUUUGUACCCAUACAUCUGCAAGUACGGCAAAUAUCCGGUGGGCCAUCCAACGGUAUACGUUGGCGACGAGUGCAGGGCGCUGACAGGUCCCAAAAAUAAUAUCAGUCUUUCCCGCGUCGAGGGCCUUGUUAAAUGUACAGUGCUUCCACCGCAAAAUCUUUAUCAUCCGGUGCUGCCGGUGCGAAUGCAUCAGCGCCUGUUAUUCGGGUUAUGUCGUAGCUGCUGCGAAACAAUGAACCAGGACGCGUGUCCUCAUGAAGACCCCGCGGAGCGUGUGUUUAGCGGUACUUGGGUAGUGGAUGAAUUGCGAAAAGCUAUUGCGUGCGGGUAUAAAAUAUUAACCGUGAGCGAGAUUUGGCAGUAUAAUAUAACGCAGUACAACCGCGAUACACAAAAGGGGGGCCUUUUCACCGGGUACAUAAACACUUUUCUUAAAAUCAAACAAGAGGCUAGCGGUUGGCCCGAGGGUUAUGCAGAUGACGAGGCUGCCCAAGAGCGUUAUAUAACUGCUUUUAAGACAGCCGAAGGGGUUCAGCUGGAGCGGGGUGCGGUAGCGAAAAACCCGGGGCUGCGCUCGGUAGCCAAACUUUGUCUUAACUCCUUUUGGGGUAAAUUUGGACAACGCGAAAAUUUACCGCAAACAGAAAUAGUAUCGACACGCGAAAAACUUAUGGAGCUGCUAAAUAGCCCCGAGCACGAGAUCACUGGUAUGCUACCUGUUAACAACCAGGUGCUGUAUGUUAAUUAUACGAAAACCAGUGAUGCUGUAAUACCGUCUAAUAUAGCAAAUACUGUCAUAGCUGCAUACACCACAGCCCAAGCCCGUUUAAAACUUUACACCUAUCUCGAACCGCUGGGUAAGCGUGCUCUGUACUGCGACACCGAUUCCGUUAUUUAUGUCACGAGAAAAGAGCCUGGAGAGUAUGAACCGCCAACGGGUCAAUUGCUAGGGGAUUUAACCGACGAGCUAAGCUCCUACGGCGAGGGCAGUUACAUUAAGUCUUUCAUCUCAGGCGGCCCUAAAUUUUAUUCUUUCAUAGUUAAUACGCCGAGCGGCGCGGAAAGCGAGGUUUGCAAGGUUAAAGGCAUAACGCUGAAUUACGCAAACAGCUCGCUGAUAAAUUACGAAUCAAUACGGUCAUUUAUAAUAGGUGAGAGAGAAAAUCCUGUUGUACUACAGUUUGAUUCAAUACGUCGUACACCGUUCCACAAGGUUGUCACACGACCCGAAAAGAAAUCGUGCAUGCCUCUGAGCGUCAAGCGAAGACGUGAUAGCGAAUACGGCUCGCUCCCUUACGGCUACAAAUAACCGUUUAUAAAAACUCUCGCUUUAAACAUUGUUAAGCAGCGUUGUAAAAUAUCUAUGUUAUUACUGUAAAAUAUUUAUAUUGUUACCGGAAAAUAAAAGCUCUAUACAUGUUUCAA